GAACAAUGGGCAAGGACACGGGGGGGACAUGGAGGGCAUGGUGGUGACACCGAGGACACGGGGGGGACACCGGGGACACGGUGCGGGGGGGACACGGGAGAACACAGGAGCGGGCUGUGGGGGACACGGGGCUCGGAGGACAUGAGGGGACACGAGGGGACACACGACAGGGACGUGGGGACACGGGGGGUGAGCGUGCCCAGGACCCGCUGUCCUGCCACAUCCGUGUCCCCGUGCCGGAUCCCGGAUGUCCCGUGCCAUUACCUUCUCCCGGGAAACGGGGAGAUGUCGCCCUGAUGUCACCGUGCCCCCCCAGCCGCCAGCUGUGCCCAAUCGGUGUCACCGCAGCUGGUGGCACUGCUGGGGACUUCCCAUAAAUCCCGGAGCCGCUGGGCAGUGCCAGAGCUGGGCCGGAAACCGGGAUCCGGCAUGGCCGCAGCGGCGGGGCCGGGGGUCACCGGGGGGGUGGCGGCCAUAGCCGUGCUCUGGGUGACAGCCGUGGGGGCGGCCACGGGGCGCUGGUGCGAGCGGACGGUGCCGGUGACGGAGCAGCAGGAGGUGACGCCGCGGCGCGAGGCCGCGGUGCCGUGUCCCAGUUUGUACCAGUACAGCCUGGCCGGGUGGCGGCUGGACCGGGACCGCACGCGCCGGGAGCGCGGGAAUCCCCCCGGGGACACCGGCACCGACCCCGCCCUCUGCUACGUCUACCGCCCCCCGGAGAUGCAGCCGGUGGUCCGGAACCGCACGGAGCGUGGCUGCUGUCCCGGCUGGAGCGGCGCCCGCUGCACCGAGGGCCCCGGCUCCCUGGGCCGCUGUUUCAGCGCCUGGCAGUGCCAGGACGGCGCCGGCGGCCACAACGGCAGCGCCAUGAGCCGCGCCGAGUGCUGCCAGCACCCCUGGGGACACAGCUGGCGCCGCGGGGACACCGAGGGGCCCUGCCUGCCCUGCACCCGCCUGCCCCUGGGCGGGGACGGGGGGUCCCCGCGGCACCGCAGCCCCCCGGCCACGUGCCAGGCCUGGGCCGGCUCGCGCUUCCGCACCUUCGACGGGCGGCACUUCGGCCUCGCGGGGGGCUGCCGGCACAGCCUGGCCGCGGCCACCGACGGCACCUGGGACGUCACCAUCGGCCUGGGACACCCCCAGGUGCUGCACAUGACCUUUGGGACAGACACGGUGGUGGCCCAGGGACGGAACGUGUCGGUGAACGGGGCAGCGGUGCCGGAGGGACGCCCCUACCUGCACAAAGGGCUCGGUGUCACCUGGCCGGGUGACUGGGUGGCCGUGGCCAGCAGCCUGGGCGUGCGGGUGGCCUGGGACGGGCGCCUGGCGGUGACAGUGACAGCGGAGCCCGAGCUGCGCGGCGGCACCUGGGGGCUCUGUGGCACCUACACCGACGACCCUGCAGAUGACUUCCUGCUCCCCGACGGGGACAUCGCUGCCGUCGCCGCCGCCUUCGGCAACGCCUGGAAGGUGCCGGUGGCCGGCACAGAGCCCCCGUGCAGGGACGUGCCGGAGGGAGGUGGCAGGUGUGGCCCCGGCGAGGUGGCAGCGGCGGUGGCCACGUGCGGGCGGCUGCUGGCCCAGCCCUUCCGGCAGUGCCACGGCGAGGUGGACCCCAGCGGGUUCUAUGCAGCGUGUGUGGCGCUGCUGUGUGGGGACGGGGACCCUGUGUCCCCCCCCGGUCCCCUGCCACCCCCCGGUCCCCUUCCCCCGCCCCCCGCCGCCUGCGCCACCUUCGCCGCCUACGCCCGGGAGUGCUCCCGCCGCCAGGUCGAUGUCCCCUGGCGCCAUCCCGGCUUCUGCGAGCGCCGCUGCGACGCGGGGCAGCGCUUCUCCGACUGCGUGUCCCUGUGCCCGGCCACCUGUGUCACCGCGGGCGGCGCCGAGCAGGGGACCUGCCACCGCCACUGCCACGGCGGCUGCGAGUGCGGCCCGGGGCUGGCCCGGGACGGGGCUCGCUGCGUCCCCCCGGCCGCCUGCCCCUGCCACCACCGGCGACAGCGCUACGAGCCCGGCCAGAGCAUCCGCCAGCGCUGCAACCGCUGCACGUGCGAGGGUGGCCGCUGGCGCUGUGACCAGCAGCGGUGCCCGGCCGAGUGCGCGGUGCUGGAGGGACGUCACUUUGUCACCUUCGACCGCCGCCGCUUCUCCCUGCCGGCCGCCUGCGCCCACACCCUGGUGGAGGACUUCGUGGCGGGGCGGCUGCUGAUCACAGCCGAGCACGAGCCGUGUGACAGCCCCCGGCCCCUGGGCUGUCCCCGCAGCCUCACCGUCACCACCAGCCGCACCACGGCCCGGCUGCACGGCACAGGGGAGGUGACAGUGGCCGGGCGGGAGGUGACGCUGCCCUUCUCCGGUGCCGAGCUGAGCAUCCGCCGCGCGUCCUCGGCCUUCCUGCACCUGCAGCUGCCCGACGCCCACCUGCUCUGGGGCCUGGGGACCCCCGACACCUUCGUCACCCUCCAGCCCGCCAUGGCCGGCACGGUGCGGGGACUCUGCGGGACCUUCAACGGGGACCAGCGCGACGAGUUCACGACGCCGGAGGGGGACGUGGAGCCGGGAGUCGCCGCCUUCGCCAACGCCUUCCGGGCGGCCGGAGCCUGCCCGGCGCUGGGCCCCGGCAUUCCCGACCCCUGCGACGGCUUUCCCGGGAGCCGGGAGCGCGCCGAGGCCGCCUGCGCCGUGCUCAUGGGCCCGGCCUUCCAGCCGUGUCACCGCGUGGUGGAUCCCGAGCCGUUCCUGGAGCUGUGCCGCUGGGACGUGUGCUCCUGCCGGGAGCGGGAGCGGGAUCGGGAGCGCUGCCUGUGCCCGGCGCUGCGCGCCUACGGCCGGGAAUGCGCCCGGGAGGGGACGGAGCUGGAGUGGAGGAACCGGAGCCUCUGCGAGGAGCCGUGUCCCGGGGGGCAGCAGUACCGGGACUGCGGGGGUCCCUGCGGCCGUUCCUGCUCGGAGCCCCCCGGAGCCAGUGACUGUCCCCCCCCGGACACCCUCUGCGUCCCCGGCUGUCGCUGCCCCCCGGGGCUGCUGCUGGCCCAGGGGGGCCAGUGUGUCCCCCCUGCCGCCUGCCCGUGUCCCCGCGGCGCCCGCCUGUACCCCCCCGGCGCCCGCAUCCGCCGCGGCUGCCAGGCCUGUGUGUGCGCAGGGGGGUCGUGGCGCUGCGCCCCCGCCCCGUGUCCCCCCGGCCCGCGCUGCCCCCCGGGGCUGCUGCACGCCCCCGGCUCCUGCCUGCGCCGCUGCGACCCCGCCGAGCCCUCCGGCACCUGCGGCGGCCCCGCCGACGGCUGCGUGUGCCCCCCCGGGACCCUCUUCCUGGGCGGGCGCUGCGUGUCACCGGACGAGUGUCCCUGUCACCACGGCGGGCGGCUGUACCCGCCCAACGCCACCAUCGCCCGCGACUGCAACACCUGCGUGUGCCGGGGACAGCGGUGGCACUGCGGGCGCGAGGAGUGCGCGGGGACCUGCGUGGCCACGGGGGACCCGCACUAUGUCACCUUCGACGGCCGCGCCUUCACCUUCGAGGGGGACUGCGAGUACCUGCUGGCGCGCGAGGCCACCGGGCUCUUCGCUGUCACCGCCGAGAAUGUCCCCUGCGGGGCCAGCGGCGUCACCUGCACCAAGUCCGUGGUGGUGGCCAUGGGGAACACCGUGGUGCACAUGCUGCGGGGUGAGGGGACACGGGGGACACGGGGGACACGGGGGACAUGGGGAACACCGUGGUGCACAUGCUGCGGGGAUGGGGGGGACGCGGGGGUCCUGGGGAUGGCUGCGCUGUGGGAUGGAAGGACCCGCGUGUACGUGCGCGUGUCCCCGCGGCUGCGCGGCCGCCUGGCCGGGCUCUGCGGCAACUUCGACGGCGACGCCGAGAACGAUUUCGGGAGCCCGGACGGGGCCCUCGAGGCGACCCCCGAGGUCUUCGGGGACUCCUGGCGCCUCAGCCCGCUCUGCCCCGAGGCCGACGGCCACCGCCCGCACCCCUGCGAGGACAGCCCCCAGCGCUCGGCCUGGGCGCGGGCUCGCUGCGGGGUCCUGCGGCACCGGCUCUUCGCCCCCUGCCACGACCUGGUGCCCCCCCAGCGCUUCUACGAGUGGUGCCUGUUCGACGCCUGCGGGUGUGACAGCGGCGGGGACUGCGAGUGCCUGUGCACGGCCCUGGCCGCCUACGCCGAGGAGUGUGGCCGGCGGGGGAGACCCCUGCGCUGGCGGAGCCAGGGGCUGUGCCGUGAGCCCGGGGCCUGGGGGGCACGGGGGCACCGGGAGAGACUGGGGGGGCUGGGAGGUCCCGGUGCCACCCCUGUGCCCCCCCCCUCAGACGGGCUGUGCGUGGAGCCCCCCGCCUGCCCCUGCUUUUGGGACGGCUUCGCCUUCCCGGCCGGGACCACCGUGACCCAGGGCUGCAGCAACUGCACGUGCCUGGGGGGGCGCUGGCAGUGCCCCCCGAGCCCGGCCCCGUGUCCCGCCGCCCCCGGCUGCGCCCCGUGGGAGUUCCGCUGCCGGGGCGGGGGUCUCUGCGUGCCGGGGGCCUGGCUCUGCGACAACGAGGACGACUGCGGGGACGGCUCGGACGAGCUGUGCGACCCCCCCUGCGCCCCCCAGCAGCCCCGCUGCCCCGGCGGGCGCUGCCUGCCCUGGGGGGCGCGCUGCGACGGUGUCACCCACUGCCCCGACGGCUGGGACGAGGCGGGGUGUCCCCCCCGGGCCUGCGCCCCCCCCGAGUUCGCCUGUGCCGGGGGUCGCUGCCUCCCCCCCGCGAGGGUCUGCGACGGGCGGCUCGAUUGUCCCCCCGGGGACGACUCGGACGAGGCGGGCUGCGCCCCCCGCUGCGGGCCGGGGCAGUUCAGGUGCGGGGGGGGCCGGUGCGUCCCCUACCCCCACCGCUGCGACGGCCGCGACGACUGCGGCGACGGGAGCGACGAGAGCGGCUGCGCCUGCCCCGGGGGGCACCUGCCGUGCCCCGGGGGGGGCUGCCAGCCCCCCGCCGCCAUCUGCGACGGCCGCCGCCACUGCCCCGACGGCGCCGACGAGGCCAAUUGUCCCGCGCGGGCCACCUGCGCCCCCGGGACCGUCCCCUGCCCCGACGGCUCCUGCGUGCCGGAGGUGGCCGUGUGCGACGGCGCUCGCGACUGUCGCGACGGCUGGGACGAGAGUCCGGCGGGGUGCGCGGUGGCGCUGCCCCCCGCGCCGCUGUCACCUGUCACCGCCGCUGUCACCGCUGUCUCUGGCAUCGUCGCCGACGCUGUCACCACCAUCGCGGUCACCGGCGCCAUCGGCACUGUCGCCAGCGCUGUCACUGUCAGUGACACUGACGCUGUCCCCGCCGCUGUCACCGGCCCGGCAGCGCCCUGUCCGCCCCGGUCCCUGCGCUGCGACAGCGGCGGGUGCGUCCCGCGGGGGUGGCGCUGCGAUGGCGACAGCGACUGUCCCGAUGGCAGCGACGAGGGAGGCUGCGACCCGCCGUGCGCCCCCGGCCACCUGCCCUGCGACCCCCCCUGCCAGCCCGGCCGCGGCCCCUGCGCCCCCGCCUGCGUCCCCCCCGGCCGCCUCUGCGACGGCGUCCCCGACUGUCGCGACAGCGCCGACGAGAGCCCCCGGCUCUGCGAGCCCCCCGGGCCCGGGAGCAGCCCGCGGGGUCCCUGCGCAGAGUUCGACUGCGGGGACGGGGAGUGUGUCACCUUCCAUCAGGUACCGAGGGGACCGCCACCCGCCCGGGCCACCGCGGGUCCCCGACCCCUCCCCAGGGACACCCAGGUGUCCCCUGCCCCUCCCGGUGUCACCCCCAUGGUCCCUCGGUCAUUCCCGCGAUGUCCCCGACUCCCUGCCAGCGCCACCCCCGCUGCCCCUCCCGACCCCCCCUCGGGGUGCCCCAACGCCUCGGAGUGCGCCGAGGGGCUGCGCCCCCUCCCCUGCGCCCCCUGCCCCGCCUCCUGCGCCGACCUGGCCGCCGCCGUCACCUGCCCGCGACCCCCGCCCUGCCGCCCAGGGUGCUGGUGCCCGGCGGGGCAGGUGCUGGACGCGGGCCCCGCGGGGUGCGUGCGGCCGCGGCAGUGCCCGUGCGGGGCCGGGGGGCGCCGCUACCCCCCGGGAUCCCCGGUGCCCCUCGGCUGCCGCCUCUGCACCUGCCUCGAGGGACAGCUGCGACACUGCCGCCCCCACCCCGGCUGCUCAGUGGACUGCGGGUGGUCGUCCUGGUCGCCGUGGGGCCCGUGCGCGGGCGGCUGCGGGACCCCCGGCGUGCAGUGGUCGUUCCGCAGCCCCUCGAACCCGGCCCGGCGCGGGGGGGGCCGCCACUGCCGCGGCAUCUACCGCAAGGCGCGGAGGUCUCCCACCAACCCCGCGGCCGCGGCGGGCGGUGCCCCCUGCACCGGGACCCCCCGGGAGGUUCGGGGCUGUCCCGAGCUCUGCGGACCCGAGCCCGAGAGCGCGGGGCCACCUGGGGCCACCGAGGCGCCCUGGCCCCCGGGGUCCCCACGACCACCGGGGGGCACAGAGGGCCCGGAGUCCCCGGGGUCGCCGUGGGCGCUGGAGCCCGCGUGGGGCACGGAGCUGCCUUGGGAGCCGGGGUCCCUGGAGCCGGCGUGGGGCACGGAGACCCCCGAGACCCCCGAGCCCCCGGAGACCCCGGAGCCCCCGGAGACUCCCGAGACCCCCGAGCCCCCGGAGACCCCGGAGCCCCCGGAGACCCCGGAGACCCUGGAGACCCCGGAGACCCCGGACCGCCCAGAGACCCCGGAGAGCCUGAGCCCCCCAGUGCCCCACAGCUCCACCCCUCAUCCCCUCUCCACACCCCCCAUGGGGCCGGGGGUGUUGGGGGGCACAGGCCGGCUGCCCCCGGGGUGCUCAGGGCUGUUUUUUUGGGGGCGGAGGCCGGCUGCCCCCCAAGCACUGAGCGUUUUUUCGGGGGCUGCAGAGGCCGGGUGCCCCCCGGGCCGGACCUUCCGUGAGUGCGGGGGGGGCUCCGGGUGUCCCCGGAGCUGCGCCCACCUUGGGGGGGCCGUGGGGUGCGCGGGGGGGUGCCAGGAGGGCUGUCACUGCCCCCCCGGGACCUUCCUGCACCGCCGCACCUGCCUGCAG